UGCAGAACACCGAAUAGCGUACACGUAACAUAUCCGAAAUAAAAAAUCAGCUACAAGAAAUACUCAACCCUAACACAUACUGCCCCUACUUUCCCUCGUACACACACUACACUGCCCCCAACACCCCACAUUCAAAAAUCCCCCAUUACAAAUGGCCACGCGCCACCGCUUCUUACACCUCCUCCUCAUCUGUCUUCUUUCCGUUUCCUCGGCCGAUGACUCCGCCGCCAUGUCCAAGCUCCUCUCCUCCCUCUCCCCCACGCCCUCCGGCUGGUCAGCCACCACAAGCUUCUGCACCUGGUCUGGUGUCAACUGUGAUAGCACCAACUCCUUUGUCACCUCCAUAGAUAUCAACUCCCAGUCUCUCUCCGGCACCCUCCCAACUGAACUCAACCAGCUCUCCCAUCUCAAAACUCUUGCUGUACAAAAGAACUCUUUAAGGGGUACAUUGCCUUCCUUUGCCAAUAUGUCUUCUCUUGAGCAAAUCUUCCUUGACUUUAAUGAUUUCACUACCAUCCCACAAAGUUUCCUUCUAGGCUGUACAAAUCUUCGGACAUUUAGUAUAAGUGAGAAUAUCCACCUCAAUCCAUGGCAAAUCCCGUUGUAUUUAACUGAAAGUACAAGUCUUGCCACUUUUUCUGCUAGUAAUGCGAGUAUUACUGGGGUGAUCCCGGAUAUAUUUGAUUCGUUUCCUAGUCUCCAGAAUUUGAGCUUGUCUUACAAUAAUUUGAAUGGAUCUUUGCCGGGAUCUUUGGGUAGCUCUGAGAUACUGAAUUUGUGGUUGAACAAUCAAGAGCAAGGGUUGUCUGGGAGAAUUAGUGUUUUAUCCUCCAUGACUCAAGCUUCCCAGGUUUGGUUACAUGCUAAUGCAUUUUCGGGGCCGAUUCCAGAUUUGUCGAAUUGUACGAAUCUGUUUGAUUUGCAGCUGAGGGAUAAUCAGUUUACGGGGAUGGUGCCACCUUCUUUGAUGAGUCUCCCUAAGCUUGUUAACAUUAGUUUACAGAAUAAUAAGUUGCAAGGACCUUAUCCUCAGUUUUCGAGCUCGGUUCAGGUUACAAUUAGGAGUACUAAUAGCUUUUGUAAGGAUGCUCCAGGCCCCUGUGAUCCACAAGUCACUGCACUUCUUGAUGUUGCUGGUGGUUUUGGGUAUCCAAUGUCUUUGGCCGAUGCUUGGAAAGGCAAUGAUGCUUGCAAUGAUUGGAGGUUCAUUACUUGCGAUUCGCAGGGGAAAAAUGUGACCACAGUGAACAUGGGAAAGCAGGGCUUUUCAGGUACAAUUUCGCCCGCCUUUGCGAAUCUUACUUCUCUGAGGAGUUUAAUUUUGAAUGAUAAUGAUCUCACUGGUUCAAUCCCAAGUGCUUUGACUGCUUUGCCUCAGCUUCAGAAUCUUGAUUUGUCUAAUAAUAAUUUGUCUGGGCCUAUCCCAUUGUUUCCUGCUAGUCUCAAGUCUAAUUAUUCUGGUAAUUUGUUACUUGGGAAAAAUGUGAGUAGUGGCGGUGGAGGAAGUGGUGGAGCGCCAGGGUCUGGACUAGGUUCCGGCUCCCAAAGUGGAAGCCCAACGGGGUCUUCAAAAGGGUCCUCUGUUUCGGCUGGUAUGGUUGCUGGUCUGGUUAUAGCUGUUGUGGCAUUCAUUGGAGUUUUAUUGUUUGUAUUUUAUAAAUGCUAUGUCAGGCGGCGACGACAAAAGGGAGUUGAAAGGGUUGAUGAGGGCCCUAAGCAAAGCAUGGAAAUGGCUAAGACUAACCUGACAAAUGAAGUGAAUGGAUACGCUGAAGCCAGAAAUGAGUUACAGAGCCAGAGCAGUGGUGAUCAUCGUGAAAUUCCUAUAUUUGAAGGUGGAAAUGUUGCUAUUUCAAUGGAACUUCUUCGACAAGUGACCAACAAUUUCAGUGAAGAGAAUAUAUUGGGUAGAGGAGGAUUUGGAGUAGUUUACAAGGGUGAAUUUAAUGAUGGUACUAGAAUUGCUGUAAAGAGAAUGGAAUCUGGAGCAAUGGGAACAAAAGGAAUGAAUGAGUUCCAAGCAGAAAUUGCAGUGCUUACUAAAGUUAGGCACCGGCAUUUGGUUGCCCUUCUUGGAUACUGUAUUAAUGGAAACGAGAGGCUUUUGGUAUACGAGUACAUGCCAAGGGGAACUUUAGCUCAGCAUUUGUUUGAAUGGCAGGAACGUGGCUAUCAGCCUCUCACUUGGAAACAGAGGGUUACAAUAGCGUUGGAUGUGGCUAGGGGAGUCGAGUAUCUUCACAGCUUGGCCCAACAAAGUUUCAUCCAUAGAGAUUUGAAACCAUCAAACAUACUUCUUUCAGACGACAUGAGGGCGAAGGUUGCAGAUUUUGGAUUGGUAAGAAAUGCACCUGAUGGAAAGUAUUCCGUAGAGACACGGUUGGCCGGAACAUUCGGGUAUCUUGCACCUGAGUAUGCUGCCACAGGAAGAGUGACAACAAAAGUUGAUGUCUAUGCAUUUGGAGUUGUUUUAAUGGAGAUAAUCACAGGUAGAAGAGCACUUGAUGAGACAAUGCCAGAUGAGAGGUCUCAUCUGGUCACAUGGUUCCGUAGAGUCCUUAUCAACAAAGACAACCUUCGAAAGGCCAUUGACUCGAUUCUUGAUCCUGAUGACGAAACUUACGAGAGUAUAUGCAAAGUUGCUGAGUUGGCAGGUCAUUGCACAGCCCGCGAGCCAUUCCAGAGACCCGACAUGGGACAUGCGGUCAAUAUCCUGGGACCUCUAGUCGAGGAAUGGAAACCAUCUAAGCAUGAAGAAGAGGAAGGUUAUGGCAUUGAUCAACACAUGAGUCUUCCUCAAGCCCUUCAGAGAUGGCAAGCUGAUGAAGGCACGUCGAGAAUGUUUGACGAUUUCUCUUACAGCCAUACGCAGUCGAGCAUUCCCUCGAAACCUUCAGGGUUCGCAGAUUCUUUUAGUUCAACGGACUGUAGAUGAUCCUUCAAAAACAAAUUUGGAUCACAUCGUAUCGAAACUGGUACACCAAAACGUAACGUCUCACACGGUCGAGUCUUUCUUGAUUGUUGAAGAUUGUAUUUAAUUUUUUCUUUUCCCACUCUAUUUGUACUUAUAUUCUUUCGCUGAUAAAUUAAUAUAACAAAUUUGAGUUGGGAGACA